GAUCGCACUUAAAAUGCCUAGUUUUAAAUUAACAAAAAUUAUAAAAAAGAAGAGAAACGGACAAAUCUUAACUACUGAUGAAAUAGCGUUUUUUGUCACCGCAGUAGUUAAAAGCUUAAAGAAAGAUGCAACUGCAGAUGAUGCGGCAGAUCGGAGUCAAAUAGGAGCAAUGUUAAUGGCCAUAUAUUUACGAGGUUUAAACAUUGAUGAAACUUGUGAGUUGACCGAAAAAAUGAAGUCAUCUGGCGAAGUCCUUAUUUGGCCAGAAAAAUACAGAGGAUUAGUCGUCGACAAGCACAGCACGGGAGGCGUUGGUGACAAAAUUAGUUUGCUUUUGGCUCCAGUUUUAGCAGCACUUGGAUACAAGGUUCCCAUGGUAUCUGGCAGAAGCUUGAUGCACACAGGAGGAACUCUUGACAAAUUAGAAUCUAUUCCUGGUUAUCGUGUUUAUUUAAGCAGCGAAGAAAUCUAUAAGCAGAUUGAAUCGGUGGGGUGUUGCAUUGUAGGCCAGACUGAUGGUUGUUGUCCUGCUGAUAAAGUUCUUUAUCAAUGUCGAGAAAUAUGCGCUACUGUUGAUUGCCCUGCUCUUAUCAUUGCUUCUAUUUUGUCGAAAAAGCUGAGCGAAGGACUGGAUACAUUGAUUCUGGACGUAAAGUUUGGAAGAGGAUCCGUGUUUGGAUCGAAGGACGAAGCGUUGGAAACGGCAAGAAGCCUUGUUCAAACUUCAAGAAGUGUGAAGGCUUCAGCUCUUUUGACGUCGAUGGAAAGUCCACUUGGGAAAACCAUCGGAAACUCCUUGGAAGUUUUAGAAGCCGUUGAGUGCCUACGAGGCGAAUCUGUUUCUGAUGUUUUAGAGCUUACAAAGGCCUUAGGUAGCGAAGUUCUUCAAAUUACUAAAGGUUUUGAAAAAGAACAAGCUUUAGCUGCAAUAUCUUCCGUUUUAAAGGACGGCACAGCGUUGAGCAAGUUUUACAACAUGCUGAUCCAACAAGACGUUUCGGUAGAAACUGCAAAUGAACUAUGCUAUGGUGAUGCUGCAGCAGUUUUACCGAAAGCACCUCAUGAAACAAGUAUAAUAUACGCAGGAGAAAAUGGUUACAUUUCUGGAAUAGAUCCCCUAAAUUUAGCUAAUUUAUGGAAAGAAGAACUUGAUUUUAGUCAAAAUAACCACGGGGUUGGUUUUACCUUGAUGAAACAAGUAGGAGAAAUGAUUAGCCCAGGAGACACUUGGAUCAAAAUGCAUCAUGCACGAGAGCAGUUGACGCAAUCUCAAAUGAAGAUGCUGCAGAGUUGCAUAACGCUGAGCUCAAAAGCACCAAAUCAAAAUUUAAUAGAAAAAAGAAUAUAUAGGACAGAUAAAUUGGAACUAAUCACGGAAGAGUACGAGUAACUGAAAAAUACUAAAAAAUUUAUUCGUUAAGUGUUAGUGAAAUGUUUAUCGAACUG